AUGGCCGGACCUGGCAAGGGUACUCCCCGCCGCAAGGUCAAGAAGGUUGUCCGCAACUCCGGCGCCGACGACAAGAAGCUCCAGGCCGCUCUCAAGAAGCUGAACGUCCAGCCCCUCCAGGGAAUUGAGGAGGUCAACAUGUUCAAGGAGGACGGCAACGUCAUCCACUUCGCCAACCCCCGUGUUCACGGCGCUGUCCCCUCCAACACCUUCGCCCUCUACGGUAACGGUGAGGAGAAGGAGCUCACCGAGCUCGUCCCCAACAUCCUCAACCAGCUCGGCCCCGACUCCCUCGCUUCCCUGCGCAAGCUCGCUGAGAGCUACCAGAACAUGCAGAAGCAGCAGGGCGAUAAGAAGGACGACGAGGAGGAUGAUAUCCCCGACCUUGUUGAGGGCGAGAACUUCGAGAGCAAGGUUGAAUAA